AGCUGGAAAAAGCUUGGUGAUGUAACAACAAGCAGCAAAGAAGUCCAAGCAAAAGAAAGAGAAGAAAGAAGUAGAGAGCUUGAAACUAAUUGCUCACCAUGGGAAGCAGCGCACUGCGAUAAAUACGCUGACAGAAACCGGCUCGAACAUUCAGUUUGCCGCUGACUGACGGAAGUGACGGGCUACCGACCACGGAUCACGGACUAUUGAUUUAAAGUGGAGCGAAUGCUGUGUGAAUCGACGUCAUCAUUGGGGAAAUCUCGAGUCAGUUGCGUGCUGUAAAAAUUGAAUACAAUGGAUUACCUGUAUAAUGCUUAUGCGAAAUUAUUUGGAGUCGAUACCUCGCCGGAUGGCACGCAGGGUGAUUUCCAAACGCCACGGAAAAUUGUUUGCUUUGGCAAUGUGCUGCUGGAUCGCGUUGUGCCACUGCAGGAUCUGGAGCUCCUCAAGCGCAACGAUGUGACACUGGGUUCCAAGGGCGAAAUGGAUAUGGAGAAGCUGAAUAACAUUACCACAGAGGCGGCUAGUGGCUCCACUUGCCAGCACAAUCUGGGUGGAUCGGCCUUGAACACUGUCCGCAUUCUGAAGCAAUUGGAGACGCCGGCCCAGUUCUUUGGUGCCAUUGGAGCGGACAAGGCGGGCGAGCAUGUGCGCUCUAUUAUCGAGGAGCAGGGUGUUGAGGCGCGCCUGCAAAAGAUUGAGGAUGUGCAGACGGGACAGUGCUUGUGCUUGAUGCACAACGAUAAUCCCACACUCUAUGCCUGCAUUGGUGCCUCCGCACACUUCUCUGCCAAAGAGCUGAGACACGCUGCACUCCACAGUACGCAGUCGUUUCUGCGUCCCAUCGAACGCAAGCAAAUACUUUAUGUCGAGGGAUUCUUUGUGCCGCAGCGCGAGGAGGUCUGUGAUUAUAUUAUGCAGGAAUUGGUUAGGGAACGCCGUCACUUGGCAUUAAAUCUCAGUGCACCCUAUAUUGUUAGCCAGAACUUUGAAAAGAUGAUGGAGCUGGCACAGCGUGCUUUACUCAUAUUCGGCAACCGGCAGGAGUUCGAGGAGCUGGCCCGCAUGGCUGGCAGCGAGAAUGUGGAGCAGAUGGCACGUAAGUUGCUGGAGUCGGGCAAGAAGAUCAUACUAAUCACCAACGGAGCAAGUGGCGUGCAGCUUGCCACCAACUAUGUGGAUGAGCUCUCGCCACCGGGCCACUUAAGAUUCGAGGAUUAUCGAGCACAGAGCGCCGACUAUCUGGUGGAUGCAACGGGCGCCGGUGAUGCAUUUGUUGCUGGCUUCCUCCAUGACUGGCUAAAGAAGCGUUCGUUGAGCGAGUGCGUGCGUAACGGCUGCAACGUGGCCGCCAAGGUGGUCACACAGGUUGGCUGCAAUUUGCCUUAAUUGCUUUCUUAGAUUUCGUUUGGGGUCACAUCAAUAAUAUGUGGGUGUUAAUUACCUCAACGAGCUCGCACAGUUACACCACAGCAGAAUUUAAUCAUAUAAUUAUUACACAUAUAUUUUAUAUAUUUUUUACAUUUUCUUAUGUACUUAGUUCCUAAUAAGAUUGUGCACUUCGUGACUAAUCUAUUUGCACCCUGACUCUACCAAUGAUACAAUUAUUACAAAUAUACAAAUUCAUAUAUUGAAAUCGAACUAAGUCCAUAAA